GAACAAAUGCAAAUGUGCCAGGCCUCACAGGUGAUGGGGGUGUUUGCACAACGAACGUACAUGAAAUGAAACGGAUGCUGGCUCCACCCACUCAGACCUGCUUCAUUCCCUUACAACCAUGGCAGCACAGAAAGAGGGAGGAAUACCUAUAAGCGCAGUUAGUCCACGUUAUUUGCAUACAAACUCUACAAGCCACACUGGGCCCUUCAGCGCUAUAGCAGAGCUGAUUGACAAUGCUUAUGACCCUGAUGUCAGUGCAAAGCAUAUCUGGAUAGAUAAAACAGCAAUCAAAGACCAGGAUUGCCUCAGCUUCAUGGAUAAUGGAAAAGGCAUGGAUUAUGACAAGAUGCACAAAAUGCUCAGUUUUGGCUUCAGUGAUAAACAAGUGGUAAAAGGCCAUGUUCCAGUUGGUCUUUAUGGUAACGGGUUUAAGUCCGGCUCCAUGCGCUUGGGAAAGGAUGCCAUCGUGUUCUCGAAGAAAGACAACACCAUGUGUGUGGGUCUUCUAUCACAGACUUACCUCGAGAGGACAGGAGCACAGAAUGUCAUAGUGCCUAUUGUCGCAUUCACAAAAGCUGGAGAGACUGUCGGUGGUCCACGGAAGUAUGAAGAGUGUCUCCAUGAUAUUCUCACCCAUUCUUUGUUUAGCACUAAGGAAGAACUGCUAACUGAGUUCAGUGCCAUUAAUGGCCCAUGCGGCACCAACUCCACUGGAACUCGCAUCAUCAUCUGGAACCUUCGCAAAAUGUCCUCAAGUGAAUUGGAAUUUGACUUCUUGAAGGAUCGUUAUGAUAUUCGGCUCCCUGUUGAUGUUGAUGAAGUCAGCAAAGAGCCAAACAACGGGCCAGAGAGCCAAAUAUCACCACCUGAGAGUGAAUAUUCACUGCGGGCAUACAGCAGUAUCUUGUACCUAAAGCCUAGAAUGCAGAUUAUUAUACGUGGGCAGAAGGUAAAAACUCAGCUCAUCUCCAGAAGCCUAGCAUAUAGCAUUAAGGACACGUACAAACCCACAUUUCUCAAAAAGGGAAUUAAAAUCACCUUUGGCUACAACACUAAAAGUAAAGAACAUUAUGGAUUGAUGAUGUACCACAAAAACCGCCUCAUCAAAGCCUAUGAACCUGCUGCCUGCCAGCGUAAGGCCAACAAAACAGGAGUGCGAGUUAUUGGGGUGAUAGAGUGUGACUACCUUACGCCAAUGCACAACAAGCAGGACUUUGAGAUGACAGAAGAAUACAGAAAAACUAUACAAAAUGUAAGUAUUAAGCUUGAGGAAUAUUGGAAGGAAGUCCGCUACAGACGUCAGAAAUCCAAUUGUAGUGUACCUGUUGAAGAAGAUGUGGAGAAUCCAGAUCAAAACUGGGUGCAGUGUGACCAUUGUAUGAAUUGGCGAAAACUUCCUGAUGGCAUUGAUUUGUCUAAGCUUCCAGAUCAGUGGUUCUGCAACUUGAACCCUGAUCCCCAGUUCAGGAUUUGUACAGCUGAAGAGGAGCCAGAGGAUGAGGAUGAUGAACCCAGAUACCAGAAAACUUACAAACAGGAUGAGAAAAAUCUGAAGUUGCAGAUGGAACACAAAAGACAGCAAAUAGAGCUGGAGCAGAAAGAGGCAAAUGAGAAGUUGAUGUUAGCUUUGACCAAAGAUACAGCUGAUGUCUCAAAGACACAAAAGGACCUUAUGUGCCAGCACAAACGUGGCAGCCCUGUCCAAGCAACACCUGACUCCCCGACACCUAACUCCCAUCCCCAGAGACAUGCAGAUCCCGCUCCCUCACCUAUUUCAACAAGGAAGAAGAGACCCAUGGGCCCAAGCCCAGAGAAUGGAGAAAGGAAGAGAGCCAGAAAAGGAGACAGUUUUGGAAGAAACUCACCAAACAGGCCAUCAACAUCCACAGCCUCACCUGAGUUCUGUUCCCCAAAAAUCCUAGACAAUUCUGUUGAUGUUUGUGAUCAUGAUGAUAUAAGGCAAGAAGGUCAGACUUCAACAAAACUGGAAAACACAGUUCUUGAUGUGUUGGAGGACAAGAAGCAACAGGAUAACCUGCUGGAACUCCUGGAGGAAGUGAAAAAGGAGAGAGAUGAGAGCCGCGCUCAGUUGCUUGUCUCCAACUCACAAGUGGAUAAGCUGAGGAGCAAGAUUCUGGAGCUCAACCAAAGCAUUGUGAAGAAGAAACAAAGCCACAAUUACACACAGACCAGCCCAGAGGAGGCACAAGACUACAAAAUGCUCUACUUGCAGGGAAAAGAAGAUAUAAAGCUGCUCCAAGAAGAGCUUAGUCGGCUGAAGAUGGGAAAAAAAGAGAGGGAGAGAAAAGGCCAGCAAUCUAUGUUAGAGUGUGAUGAUGAUCUGGCUUGUCAAAUGGACAUUCUGUUAAGGGAAAUUGAUCACAGAAACAAGGAGCGAGAAGAGCUACAGGUUAAGAGUCUAGAAAAUUUGAACUGCUCUUUGUCGACCUCCUGUGAGAGCCUGAAGAAAGAUUUAGAGGAGAUGAAGAGAGAAAGUGAAAAGGUCAAGGUACGUACAGAAGAUCAAGUUGUCCAGCCAGAUUUCCCUACUUCCUUCGAUGAAGAAAUUACAGCAACAUCAGCAGAAGCCUCCAACUCAGAAAGAGGGACAGAUCUUGGUAUACAGCAGAAGCUCAAAUUAAGAGAACUCACCCCUGAUCUGGACCGUCAGCAGGUGAAUUACCAUUGAUGCCAUUGAUGAGAUUCUCGUUCAGGUUGUAAAUGAGAUCUCCCCUGCAGAGACAGCCUCUACAUAGAAAAGAUGGUGACCAGAAGAGCAAAAUCUUUUAAGUCACAUUAAUCAUUUGGUUGUUUUAAUGCAUAAAUAACUGCAUACACUGUUGUUUUUGACAAAACAUGAAGAUUUUUAUUACUUGCCUUGAUUAAGUGGAUAGGAAGCUAUUGCAUAUUGUGCAGCCAGAGGACUGUUAGAAAUUGAUUUGGACCCAAGUUUACCAUUAAUAACAUUUAAUUGUGUUUAUAUAAUUAAUUCCUCUGUCCAUACAAUCAAGCAAAACAAGUGAUCUUGUUAUAAAUGUUUUCUUAAAGAUUCAAAAUUAGGAAUUAAAAAAAAAGGUUAAUUAUGUUGGCUUUGUAGAAGCCAACAUUCUGUUUUCCUAUUUAAACUUAGACAAAAAUAUAUCAAGAGAAACUCC